AUGCAAGCAGUUUUAUCAAGUGAAGGUAUGAAAAGAGAAAUGGCGCAGGAAGUUGAAGAUUCUGAUGUACGUCUUCUUCGGGAAAUGGGCUAUAAGCAAGAGCUCUAUCGUGGAUUUUCGCCAUUCAUGUCAUUUGCCUUCUGCUUCACUGAUGUCAAUGUACUUCUAUCGAUUUCAAUCGGAUUCACCUAUUCAUUGAAUACUGGUGGAUCAGGUGUGACUGUUUGGUCAUGGAUUCUUGGAUCUAUAUUUACCAUCUUCAUCGGACUCUCCUUAGCUGAAAUAUGUUCUGUGUAUCCGAGUGCUGGAUCCGUAUAUCAUUGGGCAGGUCAAUUAGUUUCUGAUAAGCAUACGCCAUUAGCAUCAUUCAUUUGUGGUUGGUUUAAUUUCAUUGGAAACGUUGCAGGCAAUGCUGCAUUCUCAUCCGGUUUUGCUACGCUUAUUAAUGCUGCCAUUGUUCUCCAAGGGAACGAUUCGCUGAGUACAAAUGCCCGAGUGGGUAUUGGCAUAGGAAUCACUUUUCUUUGGGCUGUUCAAAAUGCAUUGCGCAUUGAUCAACAAGGUUGGCUCAACAAUUUUGCUGCUUUUUUGCAAUUUGGUUCAACAAUUGCCAUUGUUGUCGUUCUUUUUACCAAGGCUUCUGAACGAGCUACAGCUCAUGAUGUUUUCAUAUCUACAUACAACAGUACUGGAUUUCCAUUUCCAUAUGUAUGCUUCAUUGGUAUUCUUUCGACAUUAUACGCAUUCACUGGCUAUGAAGCUGGUGCUCAUAUGGCCGAAGAGACUAAAGGUGCUGGUUGGGCAGCUCCAAUAGGAAUUGUGGGAACUUGUGUUUGCAGUGCUAUUACCGGUACUGUUUAUUUACUUGCUCUACUCUUUGCUAUUCCAAAUGUGGCUUCAUUUAUCGAGAAUAACAGCGGUACCAACGGAACGGAAGAUUUGACUGUUGCUACCUAUCAGCUUGCUGUUCCUCUUCGAGGUGUACUUGCACUGACAAUUCUGCUCAUUAUCAAUAUGCACUUUGCUGGCAUGGCGGCAAUCACAGCGACUAGCCGAAUCGGAUUUGCCAUGGCUCGUGAUGGCGUAUUUCCCUUCUCGGUCUAUCUUAGAUGGAUAUUCAAACCCACAAAAACUCCAAUAGCCAUUGUGCUUUUUGUUUUCAUCCUUGAUUCUCUUCUUCUUCUACUUCAAUUAGCAGCGACAACUGCUUUCAGUAAUAUUAUCUCUAUCACUACACUCGGCUUUCAAAUAUCGUAUUUCAUGCCUAUUUUGUUUCGAUGUACAGCAGCGAGACGCACUUUCGUACCGGGCGAAUUUAACUUAGGUCGAUUCGGUCUACCCAUUGCUAUCA